UUUGAUCGUGCACGAACACGAACACAGCCCCGAGUCUCUCUUCACCGCCGCGCGAUGAGUUUUGCUUGCUUGUGCGCAACUCAGCCAGACAAGCAGAAGCAAGCACUGGAAGCUAUAGCGAGAAAUUAGCGAAAUUAUAAUUUCGCUAAUUUCUCGCACUGGAAUUAAAAUUCUUAUUGAAUCUUGCUCUAGCGCCCGAUGACUACGUAGCGCUGGCUCUUUCAGUUCAACCUGCUAAUUUUUUCCGCCAAUAAAUAAUAAUCAAUACAUAAUUUUGACUGCCUUAUUGGCGUGGAAAAUGAGGGGGGGACAUAGGAGGACACCCUACGCAAAAAAUGCCAGUGUACGCAGUGCAGACAGUCGUAGUAGGUGUGCAGUGAAAGGGUUGCCAUAUACUACUUAACAAACUGAAAAUGAGCCAAGACGAUUUAUUGUCGCACCAGCAGAGUUUGGGCCAACUCAGCCAGGCGCCGUCGGCUUUGAACGUUUCUGCCUCUCCGCGGCGCCCUCUGUCUCUCCACAUCUCUUCAAACCCUGGCUCGCCGCACCCACCCCCGCGCUCCAACACGGGCAGGGUCAACAGCCUUCGAAAGGCGGCCCUCGUCCUUCGAGCCACUCAGUCGACGGCCUCUCUGCAAUCAUCCGUCUGGCCGGCGCCCUCGAGGUCACAGUCGGCACUUGUCCUGCAACCGCCUCCAUCAGCCAUACCUGCCACCCCUUGUUGUAAUUGCUGCUGCGGUCACCCUGACGGAGUUCUUCCGCAGUACAUCAGGAGCCCUAGUUUUACUUCAGCCGAGGAUGACCCUGAAAAGCAAUCCAAUGUGGAUGGCACUCUCACACCAACAGGAUUAUCAUGGAGACGGCUGCAUGUAAGCAGAGCUAAAUUGAAGGCUACAUCGACAACUUCAGAAUUACUUUCUGGUUUUGCAAUGGUCGCAAUGGUUGAGCUGCAAAUCAACACUCCAACCAAUGUUCCAGAGUGGAUGUUUAUCCUGUUCUCCGUGUGCACCACUGUUCUUGUGGCGGUCCACAUUUUUGCCCUCAUGAUUGCCACAUACAUUCUGCCGAACAUAGACGCCAUCACUCGCCUCCAUGCUUCGGAAUUGGUGCUCGAGAGUCCACAUGAAAAGAUGCGUUUCUUCAUUGAGUUGGCUUGGGGCCUUUCGACUGUCCUCGGUCUCUUCCUCUUUCUGGUUGAAGUGGCCAUUCUCUGUUGGGUCAAAUUCUGGGAUUAUUCCUUCGCCUCAGCAGUUGCUUCGACAGCAAUUGCGGUUCCUUCACUACUAAUCUUUAUUGGGUUUGCGGUCCAUUUUUACCACACUUUAGUCGUUCACAAAUGUAAAGCAUCGGAUUUGGACCUGCAAGCCCUGGAGAAGAUGAAGACAGACCUUGAAAAUAAACUUAAACAGGAAGGUGCUGCACUACCGACUAAUAAACCAGAAGAAAAAUUCAGCUUCCCGCCAGGAUACAACAACGUUUAAUUAUAAUAUUUAAAACACCUUUCAAUUGUAAUAAAUAAUAAAUUGUAUAAUUAUGUAAUAUAAUUUCAAAAUUAAUUCUUCCCAGUGAAAUAUUUAUGUCUUAAAAAUAUGUUUUUCAAUUAUUUUUGUCAGAACGCCAGCUAUUAAAAUUAAGACCGGAGUUAAUUAAAUAUUGCGCUACAAAUUUUACGAGCACCUCUCUUCCUAGAUGAAAAGAAUUCUAUUCUCAAAAGUUGCGCCACUCUCCACUUGAUUAGCUAAUUGGUGCUAAAUUUGCCAGUGCGGUGCUAAAAAGGUGUCUGAAGAAUUUUAACUGCGUAGCAGCUUAUUUUCAUUCAGCAGCCAUGCAAGCGUCAGAAGCUAAUGCUCAGAGUCUCCCAAACCCAUUUCAUUGGCCAAACAAUGACCCAGGAAGAAUGGAAGCCGGUCUUAUUGAACCCGUCAAUUUCAAAUCAAAAGAAGCAUGCCUUCUUGAAACUCCUGUAGGGUUAGCUUGGAGGCGCCUUCAUUACGGCACUGCUAAAUUGGAAGGGGUGCACGGAUCAGCUCACUUGCUGGCUUUCUUUGCUAUGGAAGCUAUGGCGGAACUGCAAGUGAGUGUCCCAUCUGGAGCUCCUGGGUGGCUUUUCUCUCUUUACGCCGUAAACACAGUCCUCCUGAUAGCCUUAAACAUAUUUGCCCUGAUGGUCAGCACCUGCCUUCUUCCCCGAAUGAGCGCCAUUUCUGAAGAAUAUGACAUCAAGAACUUGCGGGUGGUUCCCAACUUUUCUCCUCACGACCGUCUGCACAACCUGGUUUCCCUGAGCGCUGGACUUGCUCAUGUUUUUGGGCUUUUUCUAUUCCUACUUGAAAUAAUUCUCCUGAACUGGGUUAAGUUUUGGGACUUCUCACUGCCGGCUGCUUUUGCAGGAUCCGUAACCAUGGUGCCUUUCCUGGUCCUGUUCACACUUGCCGUGUUCCACUUUCGAAGAACUUUGGCCAAGCAUCGUGCUCAAAACACCUGCAGCACCAGGCUUUUGGUGAAGUUUGAGAAUUCCGUGUGAGAAAAUAUAUCUUAGUUCAUUUUGUUCCUCUUA